UGGAAUGCGAAGAGUGGGCGGUCCCCCAGAGGAUGGGGGGAGGGGGAGCCCUCGUGCCCUUCUCAGCAGUUGCUCUCUCGGAUGCAGCGGGCAGGGAACCAUUUCUCCACCGGGCAGCAAGAACCGGGGGAGAACCGGGUAGCGUCCCGAUGUCCCAGCGUGGCUUUGGCUGAGCAAAAUCAAGCGGUCACACUACCCGUGCGGCUGCUCAAAGAUGAUAUGCCUGUGGUGCAGGGCAACGGCCGUGCCAAUACAAGUUUCCAGAUGAAGAUGGAUGCCCACGGUUUUGCUCCGGACGACCUGAUGGUGCGGGUGGACGGCCAGAACCUGACGGUGACCGGUCAGCGGCAACAUGAGUCAAAUGACCCAGUCAGGGGUGGUUACCGCAUAAAGCAGACAGUGCAGCGGCAAAUGCAACUCCCAAGGAACAUAGAUCCUGCGGCCAUGACCUGCAGCCUAACACCCUCUGGCCAUCUGUGGGUCCUGGGACAAAACAGGUCGCUACCUCCGCCUGAUGCCCCAACAAGCCAGGCCCCAAGACACAGGAGCCACGGACCUAAGAAUAAGAACUCCAACCGAUCCUGACCCAUUAAACAACCGAGAUGUGUGCAGCAGCAACCUUGGAGUCCCUCAGCAUUUUUCCUAGGGGUGGAGGGUUGGAGCUGCAGGGAGGAGGUGGCCAAGGGAGGCAUCUUAGGUAGUAAGCACACCAAUAACCAGGCUUCCGGUUUUGCUGAUAUAAACCGGAGGUGAGUGUGGACUUAGGCAAUAGCAACAGCCCCAGCAGGGAGCAGCAGAGGGCUGGGAUGGUCCUGAACCAGGAUAGACAGUGCUGAACCUGGCAUGGGGAGAGCUGAGGAGGACAGAGGUGCAGAUGGGCUGCAGCACUGCUCUUAGGAUUAAUCCUCAGUGGUCCUCUUCAGGGAGAGGACAAAAAGAUGGGCUCAGAGUCCUACCAAAAAACAAAACAAAAACCCCUAGGAGGUCACUACAGACACCAACAAUAUUCAAAUACAGGUUGCAAGCCGGGCAAUGGUGGCACACACCUUUAAUCCCAGCACUCAGGAGGCAGAGGCAGGCAGAUCUCUGUGAGUUCGAGACCAGCCUGGUCUACAGAGCUAGUUCCGGGACAGGCUCCAAAGCUACAGAGAAACCCUGUCU